CCAUCAUCUAGCAAUUUAACUAGUGACUUUUCAAUCUCUGAUACUCCACAAAUUUCUUCCCUCAGGUCUCUCUCUCUCCUCUCACACCGCGUCACCGCCCCCGCCCCCCCCCCCCCCCCCCCCCCCCUCACAGUUCCAUUCUCUUCUCGUUUUCCCUUCGUCUCACUCUCACACGAAAACCAGUUCUCGUCGCGGCGGCGCACUCGUCAGUCGCUGCCGUCGCCGCCUCCGUUGACGUCGGAGGUUCCUUCAACACCAAAUUAAAAGUGAUGUCUUUUACUUUUAUACCACAAUGAUUCAGUGAAAGGAGAUAGUGCUUUGUGUGCCUUGAAGUUCAAUUACCCUUCAACCUCUGGACUUAAUUUUCCUUUCUUCUUCCCUUCAUUCCAAUCUGUUACCCAUAGUGUUUUCUAGAACCACAAAAUGCUUCAACACCAAAUUGUUCAGUCCCCUGCUAUGCUAGGCCUUGCAAAUCCUAACUCCCCAUCAAUUCCGAACCCUACCCCUCCAAAGCUCCCUCCAACACAGACCCAUCACCCCCAAGACCGCAACUCUUCAACCCCUUCUUCAGCUCUCUUGUCUCUCCUCCCACCUCACCCCAGAGCCCAAGCACUUCUUGCCCAAAUGGCUUCCUUAGCCUCCAAGCUCUUUGAAGUUUCCCCCAAUCGGUCCCUUUGGGUCACUGCCUUUCGUGGAUCCCUUCCAACUUUCCUCUCUUCCCAUUCGUCUACCCCACUUGACACUUCUCCUUCUGAUGGCAAAGAAAUCAUCUCCCUUUUAACUGUUCUCCAAACCCAAAUCUUUGAAGCUAUUGCUGAACUCCAAGAGAUUCUGGACCUUCAAGAUGCCAAGCAAAAGAUUGACUGCGAAAUUCACUCCCAAGAUUCAACACUACUUGCAUUUGCCAACAAACUCAAAGAAGCCGAGAGUUGCCUCGACAUCCUUGUUGAUGAUUACUCCGAUUACCACCGCUCCAAGCGAUCAAAAUCUGGAGAUGAUGAUUCAAUGACUUCAUCAACCAUCUCGUCUCAGCUGAAGCUGUCGGAUAUGUUAUCAUAUGCCCACCGGAUAAGUUACACCACCUUUGCACCACCAGAAUUCGGAGCUGGCCAAGCUCCUCUCCGUGGCGCACUGCCACCUGCACCACAAGAAGAGCAAAUGAGAGCUUCACAGUUGUAUAAUUUUGCUGACCUUGAUGUUGGAUUGCCUAAAGAAGUUGAAACCAAGGAGAAAAUUGUUGAAGCUAUUGUUGAGCCUGCACCACAGGUGGAUACUAAUACAGUUCCGAAUUUGUCUGCAUUUCAAGGGAUGUUACCUCCGAUGCCACCUGGCUGGAAGCCGGGAAUGCCUGUGCAAUUGCCUAUUGAUUUGCCUCUUCCCCCGCCUGGGUGGAAACCAGGGGAUCCUGUGCCGUUGCCUCCCAUGGACUCGCUUCAAAUACCGAGAUUUGCAGAGCAACAAAUGCAACCUCACAUUCCUCAGCCCAAGCAACCAGAAGUUAUUCAAGUGCAGCCAGUUAAUUUGGACCUUGGAGGAAGUGAUACUAGUGAUUAUAGUAGUGAUGAUGCCAGCUCUGAUGAUGAAGAUUGACAAGUUUGUGAAACUGAUCAAUCUCAAAUUAAUAACUCUACAGGGUGAGGGAUUUUGCACUUGAUUGUUAUGUCACUGUCAAGUGUCAUGUUAUAUAUACUUCUGUCCAUUGUUUACUAAGCAUUGAGCUUUAAUAUGAUGUUUUCAGCAUCGAUAGGCUGAGUUGAUUGAAGUAAUGACAUAGCAUUUCAUCACCUUGUUGGCCUUUUUAGUAUUUUUUGUGUAAUGGGGACAUAUCCUCUGUCUCUGCUGGGGGCUUAGUGUUUCUGCUAUAGGCCCUAGAAAGCACAAAGCAUAUCUGUGCUUUUAUAACGCUGAAAAUAUCAAUAAGCUUUGCGCCUAUACUAGUGGAGGGUUGUGUUUUCCAAGCUAAAAUGUAUCUGGUUCUGAUAUAGACAAUAAUGUAAGCUGCUAAUAUAUUACUAUGAAAAAGAAUAUACAUCUUAUCGGCCUAA